UUUGUUUAGCCAACCUGGUUGUCCAGUUUAAGAUAAAGCCUCUUCUCAUCCCACAAUCUGGUAUUCAUCUUCUUUUAUGUUGCGGCUAUGAGCCGGGUCGUAACAUUAGAGAAAUGCUGCAGCAUUUUCUCAUGCCGAUCCAAUUGAUCCCCCUGAAGUGACAGGGCUUGCUGAACGGGAUCCAAGUCCACUGGGUCCAUUUCUGGCUGGAUCGUUCUGUCAGAGUGGUGAAAGCAGGACCCACACGCAGGACUUCCUGUGUAGAAUAAAGUGUGUUUAUUGACAGUCACAAAAUGACAAAAGAUGCAAAUAAUCAUCUGUGCGUGUUUUCUUCGUGUGCUCGUUCCCCGCUCGCGUGCUGUGACUUCUCCCGGUGUCCGUGGAUAAUGCGAGUGGAGCCCAAAGUGGUGCUGAAUGUUGCUCAUGCUGUGUUGAAGAGGAUGUCAUCUUUUGUCAGGCAAAUAGACUUUGCUCUUGACUGGAUGGCCGUCGAAGCUGGCAGGGCUGUUUACAGGCAGGGAGAGAAAUCCGACAGCACUUUCAUAGUGCUGAGUGGUCGACUGCGCUCAGUAAUCAUGAAGGAGGAUGGCAAGAAAGAGUUGAUAGGGGAGUACGGACGUGGUGACCUGAUUGGAGUGGUAAGCACCGUGACAGCCAGAGGGAAGACAGCUGGGGAAGAGUUGAUGGAAGACUAUUAAUAUCCAUGCUGUAUCAAACAACACUAGCUGUUUGUUUUCAUAGAAGAACCUGUUAAAAGGUUAGAUAUAAAAAAUUACAAUGUUAAUAUCACAAAUGGAACUGCCUAUUAGCUGUCAGUAUACCGCAUAUGGCUGAUGAGACUGGAUUGCCUGUAUGUUCUACUUUCAGUAAAUGCAGACUAAGACCAGUACAUCUUGGGAUAUAUUUAAACAAAUGGGGGGGGGAAAAAGUCCAAAAAAUGUAGCCAAAAGGCAGCUGAAAUAGAAUAUGCAUAAAAAAAUAAUCCAGAUAAUUUUAUCUUUUUCAUGCUCUUUGUCUUGGGCUCUUUUUGGGACCGUUCCAAGUGCAUUUAGACAAAAGCAUGCACCAAAUUCAUUUGCCAGGCUGCCAGAGGAGUGUGGGUGUGCGUACUACAGUAGUUAAAUCAUUUCUCAUUUUGUUUAGUGGCCUUUAAUCUGAUUAAAAGGAAAUUAGAUAUUCAGUCCCUGUUGAGUUAUCCAGUAUAUCAAUUCAUUUACCAGUCCUUUAAGUAUUAGGAUAGUUUACAUUAAACUGAAUAUAUUGAAACACAUAAUGUGGAGAUGGCUAAAGCGGUUGACACUACAUAAAUGUGCCACACCAGAGGUUCAGUAUGUCUAGUUUUACAUCAAUAAAGCAAGAUCUAUGUAGAUGUUUUGGAAUGUCAUUUGCAGUUAAUGAGUGCCUAAAGUCUUUGAGCCAUUAAUGCCACCAGAUCCUUUAUCCUUCCCCAUUAUGUUCUCCCAGCCACCUUCAGCUCUUGUUGCUGUGGGGUCUCUGUUUUCAGUCUAGUCUUCAGCAGGUGGUAUGCAGUUCCGUUAGAAUAGGAUCAGGUGACUGAGAUGGACAGUAAAGCCACUCAUUCUCUACACCCUCUAGAUUCCUUGUAUGUUUAGGGUUGUUUUCCUGCUUAAUAACUAAAUGUUUUUGCAUGUGUUGUGAUGCAUUUGACUGGAUCCAAUUUUGCUAGUAAAAUACCUCCCUUUGAGUUUCUUGUUUUUUGCUUUUAUGUAUAAAGUUUUAUUAAGUUUUGAGCUAUGUUUGAAUUUUUGCAUGCGACAUGCAGAGCUGGCUGAAAUUAUCCAAUUAUAUUUUUAA